AUGGCGUUGAGUUCCAUAGGUCGAGUAGGCCGAAGAUUGUGCGUUGGAAUAACUAAUGUCUACAAUGUAACAAGGCAAAUUAAUACCAGUCUGCCAAAGUUACUGGGUAUGAUACCGAUUGUAGUCGAACAAACUGGUAGAGGUGAGCGUGCAUACGACAUUUACUCGAGAUUACUUCGCGAGAGAAUCAUAUGUUUAAUGGGGCCGAUUAACGAUGAUAUAAGUUCCUUGAUCGUAGCACAAUUACUAUUCCUGCAGUCGGAGUCGAGUAAAAAGCCUGUCCAUUUGUACAUUAAUUCUCCUGGUGGAGCUGUAACCGCUGGUCUCGGUAUCUACGAUACAAUGCAGUACAUCACUCCCCCAAUAGCGACGUGGUGCGUCGGUCAGGCAUGCAGCAUGGCAUCUUUGUUGCUGGCCGCUGGAGCCCCCGGAAUGCGACACGCGCUACCUAACUCUCGGAUCAUGAUACAUCAGCCAUCUGGAGGAGUACGAGGUCAAGCUACUGAUAUACAGAUACAGGCGGAAGAGAUUUUAAAACUGAAAGCACAAAUAAAUAAUUUAUAUGUGAGACACACAGGCUUAGCGUUAGAGAAAGUGCAGUCGUCAAUGGAGCGUGAUUGUUUUAUGUCCCCAAUCGAAGCAAAGACCUUUGGUAUAAUAGACACUGUGUUAGAGCAUCCUCCUUCACAUGCUGUCGAACAGGAGUGUGCACCUAGUACUGCUACUAGUAGUAGUAAUUGAUAUUUGCUAGUUGUUAUGAAUUAUUUAAUUUGAAUAAAAUAAAACAAAUUUAUAAA